AUAAGAAGAAAUAUAAAAGCAUCUAUGAAGCUCACCUCUAUUUAAUUCACCGAAGUAUAUGUAUUAGUUUCUAUUCAGAGCAAUAGCUGUUUUUGAAAUUUUGCUUGAAAAUGUUGGCUGUUUUUGAGAAAGCAAUAGGGAACCCACCAGAGGAGCUGAAGCUUCCUUCAAUGGGGUUAGAAACUAUGAAAUCCCGGCAAGAUAUAGUUGAUAUUGUUCGGUCAUUGUGGCCAGACUCCACGGUUUACAGCCUUGCAAAUUGGAAUUUUAUGGCUUCAUCACAUGAAAAUGAAAGUCCAUCACAGCCCAGGUCUAUUGUAGUCACAGAUGAUAUCUUCUGCAUUAUUACUGGGGCUCUAGAGAACACAACUGAACUAAGACGACAUUAUGGUCUUUCAAGACAAGCCACAGAUGCCAUGGUUAUAGUUGAAGUUUAUAAGGUUCUAAGAGAUCGAGCACCCUACCCAUCUGAUCAAGUCAUUAAAGAUCUUGAAGGAAAAUUUGCAUUCAUUCUCUUUGAUGCUAGAUCUGGAACACUUUUUAUAGCCCGGGAUCGUGAAGGAUGCAUAGAACUUCAUUGGGGAAUAACCGGUGAUGGAUCCUUGGUUUGCUGCAAUGAUCUCAAUAUUACAAGAGAGGCCUGUGGAAAAUCUUGUGCACCUUUUCCUCCUGGGUGCAUUUUCAUGAAUGGAAGUGGGCUUACAAGCUUUGAUCAUCCACUUUACAAGGUUCGAGCAACUGCUUGUGAAGAUGACAAUGGCCUCAUUUGUGGAGUCAUGUUUCAGGUGGACUUGUACACAAGGCUCCCUAGCAUUCCACGCACUGGAAGUGCAGCAAAUUGGGCAGAAAAUGCUGCUGUCCCUGGGGAAGAAAAUAUCUGAGAUUUUGCAAGCUGAUAAUCAAACUGUUUUGUAAUAAUGCCAAUGUUCUAGAAAUGUGUUAAUAGUUCAUGUUUGAUGAAAAAAGGAAGGACUACAUCAUGUUAGUUUUAAUUGAAAUAAUGCUAGAGACCCAAUAAAUUUCACAACUUGUUAAGGUGGAAAAUUGCGAUUGGUACAAUAUCACUUUUACAUGAAUUUACCUCUAACAUUAUGAUUAUUGUACACCAGACAACUUGCCAACUUAACAAUUAUGAAAAAGUUGCAAAAUUUAUUGUGUAAGUAGACUUAUUACAUCAUUUUUUGCUCUUUCCACCAAAUGAAUAUUUAGAACUUUAAAAGGCUUUCUUUAAAUUGUUUGGUAGUUUCACCCGUGUCCAAUAAUUCAUGCCUGAUACAUAAGUUUACACUAGACACCCUUUUUCAAGAAGGAAAGGACUGCUUCUUGUACUAUUUCUUUUUCUUCUAAAGCUAAUCUUUAUGAUCCUAGGCUAAAUGGUUACUAAUUAAAGUAAUUUAAGUGGCAAUUGAUUUAAGAGGACCAAACAAUUUACACAUAGCGUAAAUGUAGGUGUGGGCAUAUUGACUGUUGUCCUGUUAUCUUACAACAUGCUUUUAGGAUUACACCUUACCUUAAGAAACAUGUGAUUUAAAAUUUCGGAUUUCAA